AUGGAGGAGAGCGACCUGGAGAGCAGAGUGAACCACUUCUACGGAGUGGUGCAGCGGGAAAUCCUCAACUUUUUCACAGAGGAGAAAGACAAUAACGAGUACCUGAGUUACCCCCGGAUACGACUGCUCAUACAGGAUCUGAUGGACUACCUGAAUAGCGAUGGGUUCUACAUCUUCACUAAGGCGAGCCAAGGAAAGGGCAACCUUAGGUGCCUCCAAGAACCCAAGCUCUUCUCAUUCGCACUGAUCCCACAGAAGCUAAGCCGAAGUCUCCUGCAGCUCUGCCAGCAGUGCACGUUGCUUUACGCGGAGUUAUUUGACAACCUCGUUUGCGACUUGCAUUUUUUACUAAACGUUUUCGAAGGGAUAAAAGAGUAUGAUGAGUUUUGCGGCAGGCUGGUGGGGAUUUGCGAGAGGGUCUAUUUGGGCAGGGAGGGCCCCGGGCGGGACAUAACGAACGACGUGCGGUGUGUUAUUGGCCGGUCGGACUACAUGCUGGAUGGGGGGAGCGGUCAAGGGGGAUUAAGCGGCCAAGGGGGAUUAGGCGGCCAAGGGGGAACGACCGAACAACGCUGCUAUGCGAAGCAAAUCGAGUACAACACCAUUUCGGUGGCCUUCGGGAACCUGUCGGCCGCGCUGUUCGAGGCGCACAAGCACAUGCUGAAGCAGGUGUACCGCGAGUGCUUCCCCCUCGGGGGGGAGGGGCAACCGCGAGGACAGCGGGGGGGAGGACAGCCCCCAACAGACGUUGGCUCCAUCCUGGAGGGCAAGUUCCAAAACGACUUCCUCGAGGGGAUAGUCACAUGCAUGGAGAAGUGCCACGAGGCCUAUCUGGCCAAAGACCAGCCACUGCAAGGGAGAAACAAAACGGUCGUCCUCUCCAUCCUGCACAAUGAGGACCUCAAUAGUUUUGAUAAGUACAAAACGAAAUAUGAGUUAAGCAAGGUGGGCAUCAGCCAGAAGUGCCUAACGAUACGGGAGUUGCAACAGCUUUAUGAAAGGAAAAAGCUCUUUCUAAAUUACCCGGGAGAGACCCUAGAGGAGACGUUAAGGCGGGUGAACGGGUGGCAAGGCGACCUGCACACGGGGAAGCCUGCUCUGGGGAUGCUCUCCCCGGGGAAGCUCCUCCUCGACUUGAAUGGCCAGGAGUAUCACCCAGGGGACUGCCCCGGUUAUGCGCAGCACGUGCUGGAAGUCAGCGUGGUGUACUUCCGAUCGCUCUACUCGCCAGAUCACUUUAAUGAAACCAUUUGGCACGUGAGGGAGCUGCUCGAAUUUAGCGACGCUGUUAAGAUUCCCUCGCUGCCCUACCAGCUGGUGGGGUCCAAGCGAAUACAAAUGAUCCUCCUGGAUGAGUCCAUUCUAAAGCGGUACCUAUCUGUAGACAUAAACAAGGCCAAGAAAUCGGACGAGCAAAUACGGCACGAUAUGAAGCUUUUACAGAAAACGUUCGCUCUUCAGGUGGACCCGUCACUCAGCCAAAAUGAGCAUAUCGUUUCGCAUGCCAUUCGGGAAGACCACCACUACUUGCUCAAGCCGCAGAGAGAAGGGGGGAAAAACAACCUACACGGUAGAGACGUUAGUGAAAAACUUAUGCUUUAUUAUAAACCGGAGGAAAGGGAUAAGCUCUCCUUCUAUGUGCUCAUGCAGAGGUUAUUUCCAACUCCAUUCACCGCGGUGCACUGUAGGACGAGGGUGCGCCCAAGUGGCGAAGCCCCCACCAAUUCGUCGGAUGCUGAAAUGGGGGGAGUGACAGGGGAUCCCCCCUCCGUGCAGUGUGCGGGGAAAUCCCACGUCGCUGAAUUCUCUCCGGAGCAAUCCAUUUCCGAAAUUAGCCUCUUCCACAAUUUUGUGUUUUGCAAAAAUGUGAGCCUGCUGAAUGAGCAGAAGGGGUACCUGGUGCGGACGAAGAACGCCCGGGAGAACGAGGGGGGCGCCAUUUGCGGCAUCUCCAGCUUGGACUCCUUCUUCUUGGUGUGA